GUUUUAUAAAAUAAUUAUUUUAGUUUUUAUUAAAGCACCUCCCAUAUAAAUAACCUAAUUCAUCAAACUAUAGUCUUUUCUUCACCACACAAACAAAAAUACUCUUCCUUUCCACAAUUAUCUCCAACAACCAAAAAAAAUCCCAAAUCAUUCAUUCACCUUAAUCAAAUCCUCUCCCUUAGUAUCAAUCAAUCAAUGGGGGCAGACAAUAACAACAACAAUGGAGUAAAAUCAGGAAAAAGAAGACUGAUCUUCACCUACGGAACAUUAAAAAAGGGAUUCUCAAACCACCGAUUAAUGGUGGAAUUAAUGGCGGCCGGAGACUCAACCUACAUCGGACCCUUCCGAACCGCAGAAAAGUACCCUUUAGUAUGUGGACCAUACAGGGUGCCAUUCCUUCUGAACCUCCCCGGAAAAGGUGACAUGGUAUGGGGUGAGGUGUAUUCUGUAUCGGAGACGGGCCUCGCCCGCCUCGAUGAGCUUGAAGGUGUCUCCCGCGGUCAUUACCAGCGAUUGCCGGUUGAGAUAGCGGGUUUACCAGAUAUAGAUUUGGGUACGGCAGAGGCGUAUUACGCGGAUGAAUCGUAUGCACAAGAGAUGUGGAAGAGGAAUGGUGAGGCUGGGUUUGUGAGUUAUUCUCAUAAGGAAGCUAAGGGUUAUGUUAAGCGUCAAGAUCGUCCUCAGAAUGUGUCGUUUCUUCAACAUAUUUCUCGUUUUCUUUCUUCUUCUCCGACUAAUAAUAAUAAUUCUUGUUAAUUUACUGAUUUCUCCUUGCUACUAGUCAUAUUUCCUUCGUUUUAAUAAAAAAAAGGGAAAAAAAUUAAAAUGUUUGCCAGUUGUUGGUUUUCGAUUGGUGUUUUUAUUUGGAUUUUAUGGUCUUUAGAGAGCCCCAUCGCCCGCAUGGGCGGGGUGGAGAUCGAUCCUGUGAAAUCGGAAGGAAAUCUCUAACCACUUAAAAUAUCCUUCACUCUCUUUAGAUUUUGAUUUUAUAUGGUUUAUUUUACACUUAAGUGAAAGGAAGAAUGUGUCUUGUUAGAAAAAAAAAAAGUGAGAAGUGUAAGAUGAAAAUUGUAGACAUUUAGUAGUGCAUAUUUAAAGUAUUCACUUCGUUUCUUUAUUAUAUGCAUUACUACU